CUACAAUGGCCGCGUACGCCUAGUGAGAAGUUGCUACAAGAUAUGUUUGAAGGGAGCUCCACCCAGCUAUUGUGUAUCCUAGAGGCACUGAAUGAUACAAACAGAAGGAUCCUAAUCACAUCUCCACCGGCCCCGGACUCAGAAGUGGAGAUACUUGAUGUGUAUGCUGAGCUGUUUAUGGCAGCACAAGAAAUUUUAGCAGGUGGAGGAGGUCAUAAAGCAUCUAAUGUUAAACCUGUCAGUCCUGUUGGUGUGGUUGGCUUGGCUGGUAUUGUACCAAACAAAACACUCAUGGAAAUGGCUUCUAAAGGUGAAGAUGGAGCCACUAUUGAGGCAGCUAUUAAGAUUGUGAAGUAUGCCUUCUGUUUUGAACAAUGGGACGUGUUUGAAAUUCUCAACGAUACUGUACUUACUUACUUAAGGAUUCUUGGUGAUGACCAUUACAUAUGGGACGAGAAAUGUCUCCAGAUUUUGUCAGCCAUGGAAAAGGUGAUGAGCAGUAAGAAGAACAGGAGGACAGCAUUGUCAAUGGCUGAGGAGGACCAGCAGACUGAUCAUGAGCUUGCACCGUCCGUCCUUGCCCAGUCUAUGAGAUCAGUGAAUUUGAAUGAUGAGUUGAUACAACUAGCUGACACUAUGAUGACUGUUAUAUCUGGACCUUUUACUCCGGAGACUAUUGAGGUUGAUGUGAUAGUUGAUGCAGCGUUGUUCCUGUGGAACAAAUGUAAGGCAGUGUUCCAGAGAUAUCAGACUGGUUCUGUAGAUAACCCAAAAUAUCUGAGUAAAAUGGAGAACCCAACAAAGUGGGUAUAUAUUCUGGAUGUGGUUCAUCAGUUGUUAUGCUGGUGUGGAAUCAGCAGUGUUGAUCCAGCACUCACAGCUGAGGUUGUGCUAAGGCUCGGACUUGUCCUUGAAAGUAGCGCUCAUCUGGAUCAAAUUGAAGCUAGAAUAGUGUUUUAUUACUGGACAAGAAGUGCCUCGCAACAGCUACAUGCAGUUACAACUUCCCCAUCCAAACAGAAUGAGAAGUCAGAUGGCCGGUCCCCUUUAAAGGAUUCUUCAAUGUCUGACCUGGCUCAGGAGGGGAGCCAGCAUGUGAGUAGGACCUCCAUGUUGUCGUCAUCACUGCUCAAUGUUAACCCCAGGAACCAGCUACUUCAGGCUAGAGAUAUUCUCGAACUCGGUCUGAAAAAUGUCUCGUUUGCACGUCAGGCAGUAGCAUUGGCUGAUGGGAAAUCUAUUGCGGAUAUCAGCUGGGCUAAGAAAAUUAUUCCUACUAGUAAACUCCCUCCAGAAUUGGAGGGGGUACAUGACCCCUUCUUACCCUCACUCUUUGAGUUAUAUAGGGGUCAGUCACCCCUGUCAUCUGAAAAUGACCAGGGUAAAGGGGUACCAGGAGGUAAAGUGGAACUGAACAAGGAGUUAUUUACCCCUGAUCCUCGUCAGGAAGGGGAGGUUACUGAGGACACGGUUAUUGAUCGGGACGAGCUUAUUCCGGAAAGUAUGAGAGGCACAGCGACAGCAGUUUGGAACACUGUGAAGGAUCUUCACCUUGAGUUGAUCUUGAUGUAUCAUAGGGUCUGUCUGAAGCUCGAACAAAUGGGGGCAGACCCUGCCACAAACAUGCCCAAACCUUUCAAACGUAGAACUUGCUCCAGAAUGCAGUUUGGAAGUGAUCGAUCGCUGAUGGAUACUUACGUUGAAACUAUGGAUGAGCUUUUAGGAAGAGCUAACAAAAACAACAUAUCUAAAGCUUUACUGUACAUGCAAAAAGCUUACCUGAGCUCAAAUGAUGGAAGGGCUACAAAAGAACAGAAAAAGUUACUUGAGAAUGCAGUCACAUGUAUUCAAAAAGCUCAGAUUGAGGAAAAGAAAACUUACCUAGAGAACACUGGAAUAAAUGAGGAUAUAAUGGCUGAGGGACGUGUUCCUCCCCCUCCGAUACUCCUCUCAAGGACAGAUAAUUCCAUGGUUUUUAAACCAUCUCCAUGGAAACCCUGCACUGAGGAGAAGAUUGCAUGGUACAGAAUAUUUGCCAGGAACGCCACAGGGAGCAAUGUAAAGGCCAGACUCAACGACUACUACUUUCCAGGGACAGGUGAACAAGUUCCAUACCAUCACUCAGAGCUGAGAGUUUCUGGACUCAAAGCUAAUGAAAGAUACGUUUUUGCUGUGGCUGCGUACACUGUGGAUGGUAAACUUAUUGGAGACAGUCUGGGAGAGAGUACGAGACCCAUUCUUGCUAUUCAUCCACUUCCUGUUCUCACAACAUGGGCAUUCCUGAGUCAGAUCUCUUACCAGAUUGGCUGCUAUGAGAUUUCAAGACGAGCUUGUGACGUCCUCUGGGAUCAUUUUAUUGCUGAAGCUCCGCCUCCAGAAGGAAGGACUUAUACCUCUUCCAAUGAGAGAGACUUCAAACUGACUUUGAUGAGACUAAAUCAGAAGAUUGUGUGUCUUUCCUCACCUGUCAAUUUACGUCUGUUCCUCACCAGUAUAUUUAUCAGUGUAGAUAUCAAUGUUAGAGAGGGAAAGCUCUUCUGUGACUCCCUCAAUGAUAAAGGACCUCUGUAUAGUGGACAGAUCAAGAGGUUGAAGGAAUGUGAGAAGAUGUUGGUAGCUAUAGAGCUUGCCGGCUGGCUCAAUGAGUCAAACCUAGCUCUACAGGCUGUUGUACAAUGCUACGGUCUAGUAGCCCCUCUUAUAUUCUACAAAAUACCUUCUAUUCCAGUAUUCCAGGUGCUUCAGAGAUGUCAUGCCGUGUUACAAGAGAUACCUGCAGGAUUACGACAGAAACGUCCCACCUCCAUCGCCGACAGUCUUCAUCAUAUGACUGCUUGUAUCACCUUCCACAUGGCUAAAGUAUUGAGAAACUGGGGUCAGAAGUCACUGGCUAACAAUCUAAAUGAAGCCGGCCGCAAGCUUCUGGCUGUUGAAAGUGGGGAACCAACCAAGGAUCAGUUAGAGAAGGGAACCACACUAGAUACAAGUGCUGACAAUGAAGAAACUGCUGGUUCCAUUAAUCUACAGGCAAUGAAGAAUAAGUCUAGAAGAGGGAAGAGGGGAACAAUGAGCAUGAUGAAAGACCAUGAGGCUGAUGGGCCUCUAAACGAGGAACUCAAAGCCCUCGAGGCUCAUAUGCUUAGCAUUUCAAAACAAGCACAAAGUGACCAUGAGUUAUCUGGGAAUGAAGAUCCAAGCAUACUUCAUGCUUAUAUUGCCUAUUUGCCCAGUAGAAUUGCUUACAGAGAAGUUGCCAAAUUCAAGAAGAGAGCUCGUUACUUGGAGUUUUUUGUUCAGGUAGCACAAAAAGCCUUGACAGAAGGUCUGCCGGAACUCGCUCUAGAUUGGUGCGAAGAUACAGAAACCUGGAUUGCAAGACGUAAUGAGCAGAUCAUUGGUAUCCGGGCAUUCCUUACAAAACAACCUGGCGGCACGAUGACAGUCACUGGUGACGACCCAAAGAAAUUUGCCGCUGCAAUGGUCGAAUACAGUAAAGAAAAGGCACCUAGUAGGCUAGGUAGGUCAACUAGUAAAAUGGACAAGUCUGUCAGCAGAGCCGGUGUAAGGCCAAAAAGUAGAGUCCAGAGUAAACUGGGUCCGAUCCCCUCGCAAACAAAACGUGGCAGCAGUCUAGGAAUGAAAGUUGGCACAAUGGCCCCAAGUGCUAAAAUUCUUGGCAUCACUGAAGAGAAGGAAUUUAGUUCACCAAGGGCUCCACAGGGCGGUUCAAAGAUGGUCCAGAACAAGGGUCAGUCAGCACCAAAAGCUAAACGUAAACAGAAAUAUAAGCCUCUACAUGUGAAUCAGAAUAUGUCAGAUGCUGCAAAACAGGCCCAGGAAGAGGCAGAAAUAAAGUCAUUAGAGAAGGUGAGCCAACAUCUACCGGAUAUGUACCGAGGAUGGAAUCGGAAGAAGCGUCUGAGGAAGAUUUGUAAUGAUGAGAUGCCUUGGAAAUGUCAGCUGAACAUUCUACAAGGUUUAGCUCAGUUUAAUGCCUUCUUACAUAAGCUGGAGAAGAGGGAAAAGGUCCAUGGUAACCAGGACAGUAUUAUGUACAAGACCAACUUCCUAGAUCAGGAGUGGUUUGUUUUUGAGACUGCUGGUACCUUAGUUGUUGGUUGGGAAGGUGGACCCUUACAUCAUGCCAAUGUAACAGAGCCGGGUGAAAGACAGAAUGUCAAGGAUGGUACCAAGCUCUCUGCUAUAACAGACAGGGAUGACAGUGAGAUUAGCUCUGAUGAAGAUUUACCAACAAUGCAUUCUAAGGCUAAAACAAAAACCACCGAGGCUCUUGAUCUGGCUGGGUUUGAGAGACCUAAAACAAAUGCCACAGGCAUAGAGAUUGCAGCUGCUCUUGCAACUGGAGCUCCGCCUCCCCCAAUGUUCACGGAACCGCCUAUCAUCGAGGACACGCCUAGAACUUACCGUUCAGACUUGAGUACUUCAAGACUUCAUGUACAGAAAACACAGGAACAGCAGGCUGAUAAAGCCCUUCUCAGUGCAGAAGAAACCCUUGAUUUUAUAAGCAAAUCUUUUGAAUACUUCAAGAAAGCAGUGGUUUUAGCACACAGAGGACAGUACUGGACUUUAUUACAGAAUGCUGCUAGGGCAUUAUGGAACAGUGCUCACACUGCCUUGUUACGAGCAUAUACACCGUCAAUCAGUGAUGCAGAUAAUGGUUUACUCACCAUAGACGAGAUCAGAUCAAAGGCGUGGAAACCAUUACAUGUAGCGGCCGACUGUCUCCUAGAUAUGAUGACUCAGUUACAGUUUGACAUGCAGGCACAAACAGCAAAGGCAAAAGCAAAGGGAAAAAAGCUUGGAGAGUAUUUUGAUUCCUGGACUGGUAGUGUGCUUAAUGAAACUGGUGGUGCCAGUCUAAAAUUUGAAGAUCCAACAGAUGACCAGUCUGUUGUAGAUGUGAGGUUCGUCAGGAGACUGGUACUAAGAGUGUUAGAAAUCCUUUACUAUGAGGAGAAAUGGGAGAAACUUGUGGAUAUAGCUCUCAAGUUUAACGCCCUUACCAAUGAGCGAUAUGCAGAGCAGGUUAUUCCAUUAUUGGUUCAGGCACAGCGAAAACUGACCGAGGGUAUUCAAGAACUUGGCGGUAAAUCACCACCACAGCCUCACUACCAACAGCUCAUGUACAAGCUAAACUCUGUCAUCACUGCAAAAACAUACCUGACCCAACAGCUGGAACUUGUCAUUGAUAAGAGUAACUUACCACCAGUCCCGGCAGGUGCGGGUAUUGACCCCCUCGGACAUGGUCUCUAUACAAGUAAAGAUGCUCUGAAGAAUGUAUCGGUGCCACUAGACGUGCCAUACAGUCUGUCGGUAUUGUACGACGCCUUUGACAAGUCUCAGUAUACGUCCAGGGCUCUACAGCACAGCCGUAAACUUAUGGUGCUUUAUCUAGCCAAUCAACAAAACAUGUCAGAGGCAGCAUUAAGUAGACAGCCGUCUCGUGUUGAUUUUAUUCCCAACACGGCUCGACCACAGCCGACUAUGCCACCAGAUAUCAGUCGGGAAGAGUACUUAGAUCCAUCUGACGUUCAGACUGCGCCAAUUCCUAGAUCUCAGAUAGGAACUGUGAUUACUUCAUAUGAGAAGACUAUAGAAAUGCUAUUAGCAAAGAAUGCACGAGAUCUUGCGGCUCAAGCCAUGCAUGAAACAGGCAAUCUUCACUACCAUUGUGGUAACCUGCGAGCAGCAUACAAAUGGUGGACUACAGCCUUGGAACUUAUUUUGAGUGCCGAUGACGUGUUGCACUCGUGGCGAGACCUAUUCAAAGAUGCGUCUGAUAUUAGCGCGGAACUUCUUCAGCGAUGUGGUAUUUGGGGUUGCGUGUUAUCUGCAAUCCUCACAUCUAAUAUAGCUCAGUUCAUUUUGACCUCUGACCUUGGGCUCAGAACAGAGUGUUGCUUUUUAUCUGGAUACUUGUUUAAGGCUAUAUUUAGAGCAUCUUUACCCCACCCACUUGCAGAUCGUGAUUAUGCCAUGUAUGAGGUGGGAGAGGGGUGUGAGGUGACAAAUCUGAUCCCUGGGGUAGACUUGUUAUCGGAAAAGUUCCGAGCUGAUGGUAGACAGGUACUUGCUGCAUUACGUUGGGUCAUUGAAGAACUUGCCAGAGGUCAUCACAACCUAUUUGUUCUUCCCUUGCUGACCUUGAACCAGUAUUUUGCUACAUUUGUUUGUCGAGACCUACAGAGGACAGUAGAUGGUAGAAUCCUCAAGUGCCGCGUCCUGUCAGACCUGAGUCUGUUCUCUGAGGCUCUGCAAGUUCUACAGAGGCUUCUACAUGGGGAGAGGCUGCCCCACACUGGGGACAGCAGCUUUAGACAGGUCGAGUCGAAGGUCUUACCUCUAAAGUUCAACACCAGUAAACCCCUAACUGAACCAAGUAAUCUGAAACUUUUAGAGAAUGUUCUAGACAAGAGAUUGUCCUCCAACCUUGGUAUGUUAUAUGGACCACACCAGACCUGCCACCUGUCUCUGGUUCAAGCCCAUCUGUUUGUGUGUCUGGCACAAACCUUGCCAGUCCUUCCAAACAUUGAAGAUGUCCUUUUACCAGAAGGCGGAAGUGCCUUGAAGCAGCACACUAUCAGCACAAUAUCAAGAGCUGGCACUCUCGGCAUUCAGGGUAUUAAAGGUCAGGACACCCCUUCGUCAAAACCGAAAAAGCCAUCGGUCAAAGCAUCUAAAUCUGACAAAAAUGAUGAAAUAUUGCAAGAUUCUUGCGAUGACAUUGACAGAGAAAUAGACACUAUAACUGAAGUUUCUGAGAAAACAACUGCCACAAAGGACAAAAAGAAAGAUUUACAUAUAGAUGUUGAAAAGGGGGAUAAUGAUGAAGAUGUCGACGAUAAGGCUUUCUCAGAGACAAGUUCUAAUGGAGGACAAUCUGGAUCAACUCGAGAUGAGACGGAGCAGACCGUUUGGAUCACAAAACGUUUCUCAGGGGCCAAGAAGCCUGUGAAUCUGGAGUUCAUUAAGGGGACAUUACUGGUGAUUGCUGAUCAGAUGGCUGGAACAAUUGCCGAUGUCAUACUAGAGAAUGCCGAACUUGAAGGAGGAAAAUUAGAUGAGCUGUCAGCGGCAGAACUGGAACUUGUGGUGCUAUGUAAACUGGAACAAGCUGCUAUAGCCAGACAGAAACAUCAUGCUCCGAUGGCAGCUAGAAUUGUUUUGUCUUCACUGAAACUUCUUCAGUCGUCGCAUUUGUUCCGCAAGAAAAAAUUCAUUCCCCACCCACCAAGGGAGUCUCAAGUAUUUGAAAGAAGGCCUUCAUCAUUGAAGAGUCAUGGAGACAGUCACAGGAAGAAACCAACAUUCUUUAUCAAGCUGAGUGAGCCGGAAAACAGCCAGUUUCAGUAUCAGAAUUUCCAGUCUAGAUCUCGGCUUGAUGCCCGGCUAUGGCUCUCAUGCAGAUCUUCCUUGGUCCAGAGUCUUAUGAUGGAGAUCAGAGGCAUGGGUGAUGUUAAAGGCAUACCAAAAAUAAGAGAGAAAUUAGGAAGUGACAACAAGGUGCUUCAGGAGCUUGCAGAUUGUCGUCAGUAUUGUGCUGAAGGUCUGGGUGAAGCAGAAGCUUGUGGUGAUAUUGAGAAGCAGUCUGAAUUCCUGAUGCAGGGAGCCAGUCUUAACAUUAUAGAAGGCAAAAACUUAGAACAUACAAUCUCACUUCUACAGGACUGUAUAAACAGCCUGUCACAUGUUCCCUGCCUGUCUAUACCUGGUGGUCAACUGAAAGCUACUGCUAUAGUGAUGAGGACAGAUCUAGAGGCUAUUGAACACACAGAUGAUAGUAUCAUCUUCACCGAGAGAACCAUGGAAAACUAUCUUCAUGCUCAAGAUGUCAUUCUCAAACAGAUGGAAGAUUUAGGAGAGAAAAUAGAGCACUUCUAUCCAGAGGGGCGGCUUCAGUAUUUCUCCACCCCUCACAGUCCACUUCGAAAUAUUUAUCUUCCUCACUGCCUCAGACUUGUACAAAUCAAGCUUCGUGUUGGACAUGCUAUGGCUAGAAAUGUAGCUAAAAAUAUCAGAAACUCAACUAUCAAGCGUCAAUGUGCUGACUUGGAACCUAUACCAAUGUGGUCGGAUGUUCUUGGAGUUCUUAAAACAGCUCUGGCAAUAUCUCAGGUCAGUGUAACAAGAGAGGCAUACCUUGAAGCAGAGCUCCUUCUCAACAUAGGAAAAGUACAACGUAUGUUGGUAUAUUUGGGUAAAUAUCAACCCAGACAUGCUGCCCAGUCUUUAAUUGAUGCUAUCAAGAUUUCACACUCCACUGAUCACAAUCUUGGAUUGAUAAGACAGGCAUAUCUGGAGAUAGCUCUGAUAUAUAUGAACAGCAGUGGUAUAGCCUCUAUGAAGGAAGGUUCAUCUAUAGAUAUAUACAGUGGUGCUGAAAGUGGCAGUGAGGAUACUUCCAGUGAAACAUCUAGAACAAAAUACUCCAAGUCAAAGAAAUCGAAAAAGGCAAAGGAGAAUAUGAACGAACAAGAGAAAGAGCGACACGCAGCUUGGCUAGCUAUAAGAUGUGCGUCUGCUGUAGCUAACACACAGCGUAACAGGCUACUGCUGAUUGGAGACGUUGCCGUGACAUCACAGCAACUAUCAGAAAAGGCUCAAAAAGAGAUGCCAGAUUUUGUUGCCCUUGACCUUGUUGGUGGAUACGUUCUCGGAGAAAAGAAGAAAGUCUACAAAAAUGAAAUAGAAGAAGAGUUAGCUCCCCUGGUAGAGGCUCAGGAAGUUAAACAUGUGGACACCUAUGAUGAGCUGAUACAGAAAGCUAAAGAGGCUGCCAUUGACCUAAGUUGGAUACAAUUCCUCGGAUACCAGACAAUUCUCCAGCGUUUAUGUAGCACAUCAACAAUAUCUGCAUCUAGUGGGAAACAAGAGGAAGAUGUAAACCAGAAUUCUUCUGGUGACCUUGGACCAGAUUUUGACCUUGGGUUUAUCAGUCAUGCGGAAAGUGACACAUCUCUCAAUCAUGAUGUAGUGAGAUCCAUGUUAUUCUCUGGUACAUGGACUAUUAGAUUGAACAGAAUGCACAGUUAUCUUAGUGAGAACCUUCAAAAGUAUGGAACUGACUGCUGUGCUGUGUACCCACCAAAUGACCUCCAACUCAGCGUACCAGCCGAGCCAGCCACAGAGCUCCAGAUUGUGACAAAGUCAUAUGAGACAAAUUUGACACAUCCAUCAGACAUUGAAGGUGAAACUCAGAUCAAGAUUGAUAUAGAUAUAACCACACCAGGUAUAGCUCCUCUUCCCCCUGGUAGCUCAAAGGAUCCUACAAGACCUUCGGAUAAGCCGAUAGUAUCACCUGCUGAAAAUGAGGUCACUUUACAAUGGUACCAACCUUCCCUGGAGGAGACCGACCCAGCCAGACCCGAGGCUUCUGGUCCAGAGAGCCGGGUCUUGUUGAUGUAUGCGUUAAACAUGAAGAAUGCCAGCUCUGUGAAUACUGCCACAAGGAUAUCCUGGGUGCAAAUCUCCCAGCUCAAUGAUAUUCAUGACAGACUAGCAGUUCUAAUGCAGAGGGCUGAAAUCUAUCUCCCUACAGAUAAAUCGAAGAAGAAAGAGCCUGCCACCACGGCACCAACACCCACUCCAAAAGCAAAGAAGAGUUCACAGAGACUAAAAGCACUGUCUCCAAAAGUCAAGAAAGACGAAACUUUAGAAAAUCUGUUACGUCAAUGUAUUGAUGACAUCACAAAUAUCCUCGGGUCAACUGCUGAACCAGACACAUCUUCAUCUGUAAUGGAGGGGUUCCCGUUUGACGUGAACAGACUAAAUGUGAGAAUGUUGGAGGCCUUAUUUGACCCAAGUUUUGGAGCUACAGUCAAAGGCACAGAUCUGGUUCAGUGGAUUCUUAAGCUAUUUCCAAUGUAGCUUUGUUUCUUUUGGACAUGUUUAACAUUAAUGUGAACAGAUGACUAAACUUUCUUUAGGUGACAAUUAUACAAACAUUUUCAAGUAUAAGUAUUUUUUUUAUAAUGAAAUUGAUUCAAAAAAGAAAGCCAGAAAUUUCAUGAAUAUAAAUUGCCAUGUACCUUGAACACUGCAGUUGUUAAUUCAUGGUAACUAAUGUUUUGUAUUUAUUGUACUAUUUGUUUUAAAAAAAGAAGAAAAAUCAGAAUAAAAAAAAAACUGUGUUGGACAAUGUCUGCAGUGAAUAACUAUAACAAUUUAUCAAGGAACAAUUUUCUGUGAUGUAAAAAAAACAUGCAAAGAAACAAAGCAAAUGCAAACAGCUAGAUUUAGCAUCCACGUCAUAUUCAAAUUGGAAGCUAAAAUGUGAUGUAGCAAAAAGAGAAUGGUGAUUGUUUUCGUUCUUAUUGAAGUUGAUUAGUUUAUUGAUUGAAGAUGAUUAUUUUGUUUCAUAUGAUUUUAUUUACUUAAGUUUUUGAAAAUUUUAUUUGCAUAACAAUUUUCCAUACAUAUUAGUAAUAUCGAUAACAUUCCGUCCAGUAGAAUGCAUAUCCAAUUUCUGUGAUAACUCGUUUAUAUUAUUUUGUUGAAAUAAA